GGUGGCCACGGCCAGGAGCUCUUAAAAGGCAUGCCCCAACUCGAGGGCUGCCAGCCCCUGUGUGCACCUCGUCUCCACUUCCUCUGAUUCUUUCUUCCCCUCUGGCUUCCAGAUUGUUCGAACGUCCAUGUCCCUGUAAGCCAGUUCUUCCGUCCCAGAGGCUGUAGGGGAUUCUACGCUAGGCUGCAGAAGGAGUGGCUGGUCCCCUUCUGAAAAUCGUGGUGCAGGAGCCACUCACGUGGAGUUUCUGGGGUUGCCAAUGAUGACUUGGCUCCUUGGCUUUGCUCAAUCAUGGCCUGUUGGCAGCCUUCUCAGAGCCGCUCCCCACCCUCCUGCCCAUCAGAUUAGUUUACAGCAACCGAGAUGGCUGCUGCCCUAGUUUUAAACUUAGAGAUGAAGUUGAGGCGGACUGCGGCCCCUGUCUGCAGUGUGGUUUCCUGAGUUCGGAUGCCAGUCUGGGGCUUGGUGGGAUGCACCUGCCUACAGCACAGUCAGAACCCUGGGGUAUGGCCGUCAAUGUGUACUCCACAUCCGUGACCAGUGAGAAUCUGAGUCGCCAUGACAUGCUUGCGUGGGUCAACGACUCCCUGCACCUCAACUAUACCAAGAUCGAGCAGCUCUGUUCAGGGGCGGCCUACUGCCAGUUCAUGGACAUGCUCUUCCCGGGCUGUGUGCACUUGAGGAAGGUGAAGUUCCAGGCCAAGCUAGAACACGAGUACAUCCACAACUUCAAGGUGCUGCAAGCGGCGUUCAAGAAGAUGGGUGUCGACAAAAUCAUUCCUGUAGAGAAAUUAGUGAAAGGAAAAUUCCAAGAUAAUUUUGAGUUUAUUCAGUGGUUUAAGAAAUUCUUUGACGCAAACUAUGAUGGAAAGGAUUACAACCCUCUGCUGGCGCGGCAGGGCCAGGACGUAGCGCCACCUCCUAACCCAGGUGAUCAGAUCUUCAACAAAUCCAAGAAACUCAUUGGCACAGCAGUUCCACAGAGAACAUCUCCCACAGGCCCCAAAAACAUGCAGACCUCUGGCCGGCUGAGCAACGUGGCCCCACCCUGCAUCCUCCGCAAGAACCCGCCGGCGGCCCGGAACGGCGGCCACGAGACCGAUGCACAGAUUCUCGAGCUCAACCAGCAGCUCUUGGACUUGAAGCUGACGGUGGACGGGCUGGAGAAGGAGCGUGACUUCUACUUCAGCAAACUGCGUGACAUUGAGCUCAUCUGCCAGGAGCACGAGAGUGAGAACAGCCCCGUCAUCUCGGGCAUCAUCGGCAUUCUCUAUGCCACAGAGGAAGGAUUUGCACCCCCUGAGGACGACGAGAUCGAGGAACACCAACAAGAAGACCAGGACGAGUACUGAGGGCGGCUGCAGCCCCGGCUGACUGCACGGCUUCCCGUGCCUCCCCUCCCCGCCCCUGUCCCCACAUUAUAACCCUUUCCUUACAGCCAGCGGCCAGCCUGGUGCUUUGUGUCAGUGCCGCAGCACUGGGGAGCCGGGCUAGCGAGGCGUGGCGGGUGGGGGGCAGGUGAGCAGGCAGAGGCCCAGUGGGCGGGACCCCUGCCCACUGCCCACCCCUAUUUAUUUCCGUUGUCUCCAUACUGUGCUGGCCAACACUCCCUAGGGUGCUGCUGCCACCCGCCCAGCCAGUCCCCUGCUCCCCGACAGCCAGCAGCUGUAUAUUUCACAAAGUCAUUGGUAUAUUUUUACUUACUGGAUUUUCCUUGCACUUUACCUGUUCUUUUCCAGGGCUGAUAGCGUGGGCGCAGGGGCAGUGUGCCUGGCUUGGCUUCCCUUCCCCACGGUGGAGGCUGGGGCAGGACUCGCCGAUUAUUUAUUUUGUCUUUUGACUCCUCCCCCCCACCCCGCAGUUGCAGGGGAAUGCUGACGUCAGGAGAGGGAGGGAGGGCCAAAGGAGGCAGUGCUGGAGGCCUGGGGGCCAGGGAGAGGGAGGGGCGCAUGCGAGGGAUGGAAAUGACCCCUUGGCACCGGCUCCCCCGCCCUGCCCCCACCCCAGCCCCUGCCCCCAGCAUUGCCCCAAGGCCCCGCCGCCCCCUCCUGCAGCCUGGCUCACACCACACAGACUGUCUGGACCCUCCUGUGCCUCCGCCUCCCCAUCCCACCCCACCCUUCCCCGGGCACCAGCCUGCAUACGCGUUCACUUUUAUUUAAAUAAACUUGUGUGGUAAAAGUC